AUGUCUACUCCUAUGGGAUCCGGUACGUAUGUUGAUCAAGAUGAAUCCGGUGUCUCAAUUGAUAUUACGAAAUAUCGAGGUUGCAAAACUGAUUGCAAAAGUACAAGUGGAACUUGUCACAUCUUAGGAAAUGCUUUAGUAUCAUGGUCAUGCAAGAAACAAGCAUGUGCCUCUCUUAGCACCGCUGAAGCAGAAUACUUUGCAGUCAGAACCCUAGGGGAAGUUAGAAACAACACUGAACAAGGGGGAGAGAAGUCCCCUACAGGGAAGGAAUCGUUUGCUAUUCAUGGUGCUUUUGAACCAAGAAAAACACAUAAUCCUGCUACUGAAGCUGCUGUGAAUCUUGAUGAGCUAUCUAACAAUGACCUUAUCACUACUGCGAUGCCUGGCAUUGCUAAGAAACUCAGGUCCAGAAAAGGAAAUUUUGUGGUUACCACAACUCCUCCCAGAAGUAGGUACGGUCCUCCGAAGGCUUGGAGUAAAGAGGUUCCUCGCUCCAACAAGAGGAAGAUCAGGGAUAACGCUAACUCAGAUGGUGAUGCUGAAGUUAAUGUUCAGGACAUCCCCCACGAGAAGAUACCUGAUAGAAAGAAGAAGGAUGCAGUAAUGAGUGAUGACUCAUAUUAUGAUGUUGAGGAUGAUAUCGAGGACACCUUGAUUAUGAAAAAGUUUGGAAUGAAGAAACUCCAUGUCAGAGUCUUAGAUGCCCCUAUGAACAAUGUUUCUUUUCACUAUAGAGACAAUCUUGAGCAAUGGAAGUAUGUGUACCAAAGAAGGAUUGCUCUUGAAAGGGAAUUGAGAAAGGAUGCGGUUGAGUGCUCUAAGAUAAUGGAGUUGAUCUUUAAUACUGGCUUAAAGAAGAUUGUAACCAUGAGAGGAAGAUGUGUCGAUUUUUCUCCUACUAUCAUUAACAUGUAUAUGGAUAGAUCAGAAUAUGAUCAAAGUGAGUUAAAAGUAACUGAUAAUCAGGUGUGCACAGUUAUUGCUGCAAACCAAAUGAAGACCUGGCCUGUAAAAGACAAGCUCCCAGCCAGCUAA